ACAACAUAUCAUCACUAUGUAUCUGUGCAACUAAGAAUUGUAAUUACAAUUUCACAACAUGUCAACAGUCAGUUCAAGCUUCUCGACCAUCACCACUGACACCAUUUUUCCCACAACUCACAGCCCCGAUACAAUGUCAGGAUAGCAGUAUAAAUUGUUAUAUUUCAAACAGUGGCACUACUAACAUAACUAAUUACUGCAUGUAUUCUCCACUGAAUCCCGAUUUCUCUAGCUAUUUCGGCUGUUAUGUAAGUACAAGAUUUGCCGUCGAUCUUGUAGGAUGUGACACCUAUUUUAAAUCCAACAGUGUUAUGUGUGGUGUCAAAUAUCAACCAUCUGAAGUUUUUGGUUCCUCCACGGCAUUGCAAUUAAGAUUAACAGCAGAGGAAUAUGUUUAUACGAUCAUCAAUGCUUUUAUAUCUAACAAUCAAUAUCCAUCACAAUAUUCUGAUACUCAAGAUUACUUUUCUGCAGUUGGUAUCUCUUCAACUGUCUAUGAAGGACAAAACAAUACAGUAUUUCGAAUCGAACAACGAGACAUUGUUGGAAAUCUACAACAAUUUUGGUAUUGGUGCUUUUGCACAACCGAUUAUUGUAAUACAGAUUUUACAACAUGUGCAACGGGAAUCAAUUACAAUUCAACAUCGACAACACCAUCACAACCCAUUAUUUAUCCACAAAAUAGUAAGUAA